CGCCGCCGCCGUUGCCCCUCGCGCUCGCGGCCUUCUAGCUUCCGCGGUUCUUCUACUUCUGCUCGUCGCUUCUCGCCCACAGGCCACCCGCGGCUCCAGCAGUCCAACCUCCAGGUCGGUUCGCGCCUCCGCUAGUGCUGCACGGACGGCGAGCAAGGCUAAGGCGUGAUGGAGGCGGACGGGGAGCAGGGCGUGGAAACAGAGCAAGUUAAUCCACCUCAAGAUCCUAAUGGCACUGCAGCAGCCGCCACUAACCAUCGGCGGUGUCCAAUUUGAUGAAGCGCUUUCGAGCCUUGAAACAUCGGAGGAUGAAUCUUCCUCGGCCAGCUUGCCGCACUUAGUGCUUUACCGACACGGUACGGUUAAAUAAUUUCCAUGCAACUUUCUACUAGAUGGAAAGCCAUAGCACGUAUCAUACAAGCAGUGAUGUGCCAAAGGUCAUCCCAUUCCAUUUAUUAAAGGAAAUUACGAAUGGUUUCUCUAAGGAGCAGAUAAUUGGUAGCGGUGCAUAUGGACAAGUUUUUAUGGGCGUGCAUAAAGAUGGGGAGAAGAUUGCAGUGAAGAUGCUUUAUGACAUGCCAGGGCUUGAGGAGGAGCAAUUUCAGAAUGAGCUCAACAACCUUGUACGGCUCCAGCACCAAAACAUUGUUCCAUUUGUUAGCUAUUGCUAUGAAAUUCAGAAAAAACUUGUAAAGUACAAUGGAAAAUUAGUUCUUGCUGACAAGAUAUACAGGUUACUCUGCUUCGAGUAUAUGCAAAAUGGAAACCUUGGCAAGUAUCUUUCUGAUGAGUAUCACGGACUUGAUUGGGACACACGCUAUGCCAUAAUUAAGGGGAUUUGCAUGGGACUGAAAUAUCUUCACGAGGAAUUGGAACCUCCUAUUUAUCACUUGGAUUUAAAACCAGCCAAUGUAUUGCUGGAUGAGAAGAUGGUGCCAAAAAUCGCAGAUUUCGGCUUGUCAAGGCUCUUCGGGGAAGACCAAACGCGGAUCACGAAAAGUUCUAUGGGAACGCUGGGGUACUUGCCGCCGGAAUACAUAGAGAGCAACUUAAUCUCAAAGAAGUUCGACAUAUUCAGUUUGGGUGUUGUAAUCAUAAAGAUAAUAACAGGACCUACAGGCCACUCCAGAAGUUCUGAUAUGUCUCCCCAGCAAUUCAUUGAGAAUGUACAUGAAAACUGGAGGAAAAGGCUACAGGAAACGCAAAUGUGCAUGCCUGAGUCAUCCUCCAAACAAGUGAAGAGAUGCAUCGAAAUAGCCUUGAGCUGUAUGGAAACUGACCGAAGGAAAAGGCCGAGCAUAGGGGAUGUUGUCCAGAAGCUGAAUGAGACAGAGAUGGACCAGCAGGUCCCUAUUCCAAAUGCCCCCGCUUUGCGUAAAAGGAAGGAGAGGACGCCGUCCGGAACUGCCAGUGAUGCUAACGGUCUUAAUAAUACACACUUGGCAGAAGUGAACAGUCACGGGAAGCUUGGCCGCAUGAGAACAAGCGAGACCUCGUCUCUGCCUCACAACGCUGCGCCCACGUCAGCUAAUGGGAGCCGUUACAGCGGCGGUGGCGUCCAAGAGGACGUCAGCGAGAAUUCAUCUCAACCUUCAGCCACCGAGCCCGUGCACGCUGUCUUCGACAUAUGUUCGGAGGUUUAUGAACGCCUCAUCCAAGAAGGUUUCGAGGAGGCGCUCGUUCCCGAGUUCCGAGAGCAACUUGAGGCCCACUUUGACCGGCUUCCCGCGAGUUAUCAACUAGAUCUGGAUAUUGAUAAAGCAGAGGACAUCUUAAUCCACAUGAAGGUUUUGGCAGAAGCAAAGGAUUUUGCUAAGCACCCAGCAUUUGUUGUCCGUUUCCUAAGGUUAUUACAAGUAAAUAAUGAAGAUAAAGAUGUGGAUGAGAUCACUCACUCUAAGGGAAGCCAGGAAGGGGCUGCUAGUGAGGUUGCUCUAUCUACCAGGCCAGAUACAUUAUAUGCACAGAAUUAUUAUAUAUAUGAGAUUAUAUUAUCCACGGUCGAAAAUCCUGGUAACCUUACACAGGUAAGCUUUUCUACACUUACAAAACAAUUUUUGUAAGAGUUAAACCACAUAAAUUAUUUCUUUCUUUUAAUAACCUUAGAUCUAGUAGACCAUUUUUACCAUGUCUGUUUGUAUGAUAAUCACCUUUGCAGCUAUUGGUGUAAUCUGUAAGAGUAUUUUGGUUAUGCUCUGUUGAGCGAACUCCUCUAUCCUAGUAACCAGACAUGCCAUGUAUAAAGGCAGUAGGGAGUAGCAAUAAGAGCAGGCAUGCUGCAGUAAGUUGAGGCAUAACCUCAUGAAAUGGUAGUAGUUGCAGUGUGUCCAAGCACUGUACUAGGUAUGGCAUACACCAUCAAUCAUGUAUAAGUAUAGAGAAGGGGCCAGCUGGGGUCUUUGAUCCAGCAGCAUAAAAGUUUAUGCAUGUGUUCAUCUACCUCUAGCUCUAGAUCGUUUUCAAGAGCAUUGCUAACAUCAGCUAAUACUUGUUCCAAACUUCCAUGCCCUUAGAGGUACUAAUAUUUUGUAAUUUUUGCUGACCCUAUAGGAGAGAAUAAUGGCUUCUAUUCCUCCAAACCCUAGAAGGGUGGGAUAUAUAGAUCCUAUACA